CAAAAGAAAAAAUAAUCCAAAAAAAAAUUACAUGUAUUUCUCCAUGGAAACAACAUCUGGGAGUGAGUCAGAGGCCAUCCUGAGAGUUAGCUCCACCUCAGCUUGGGUUACUUUUUUGGUGACUCCCCGUGGGGGAGUGAGCGGAGCGGAGUGGGUGGGUGGAGCGCGCAUGCGCACUGCGCGCCAUUCCCGACCAGUGCGGCAGGAAGAGCGCAGAGGAGACGCCGCGGAUGAGAAGACACUUUAGAAAACGGGGGAAAAAGGAGAACAUGGAUACUAACGGCUGCCGUGGCUCGUCUGUAGGAAUUUCUUCCGCCUGGGGCCUGUAGCUCCCCCCCCCCAAACCGAGAGAGCCGCUUCCGUUAUGUGUGGCGCAUCCUGAGGGGAAUGAUUUCAAGGAAUGGGGGAAAACCUUCCGAAAUCCUGCGCCGUGCUGUCAGGGGUUUGAGGCAUCAAAACUGAGGAUGGUGCUCAUGUAAUCAAGAGGGGGGAGUUGGCAGGAGAGGGUGGGGGGGUUGUCCUCUGCCACCACACUCCAACAUCAGCCGAGCUCAAAGUUUUUUUUAUUCCCUCCACCAUCAAUUUCCAGCAGAAGGGAGGAAUUUUUUUUUUUUUUUUUUUGCUGCAUUGAAUUCCUCCAGACGGGAUGUCAGAGGCGUUCAGGAGGAGCUCCUCCGGCUGAGGGAGCCUCCAGAAGCGGCAGAAAAAGCGGCUGGACCAGACGCAGAGAGACGAUGGGAGAUGCGGCAGACGACAGAGGGAUGAGACGCACCUUCAUCGUCCCCGCCAUCAGGAGCUUCGACCACUACGACUUCACCAGGGCCAAGAUAUCCUGCAGCCUGACGUGGCUGGUGGCCAAAGCUUUCGGCUCUGAUGAGAUACCAGAGGAGCUGGCUGAGCCCUUCUACAGGGACCAGUACAACCAGGAGCACCUGAAGCCUCCGGUGGCCUGCCUGCUCCAGUCGGCCGAGCUCUACUGCCGGGCGGGCAGCCUGAUCCUCCGCAGCGAUGCCGUCAAACCGCUGCUGGGACACAACGCUGUCAUUCAGGCCCUGGCCCAGAAAGGCCUGUAUGUCACCGACCAGGACAGACUGGUCACAGAGAGAGAUCUGACCAGCACGCCCAUACACAUGGGUUCCCAUUUGGCCUUUAUCGACACCCUGAUGAUGGCGUACACGGUGGAGAUGGUGAGCGUGGAGAGGGUGAUGUCCCGCAUCAACAAGUACUCAUCCCCUGAGCCCCUGCAUAGCGACGGACUAGUCCAGGAGCUGCCAUACGACACAGAGGAUGCAAUCAUCACCUGGAUCAACAAGGUGAACGAACACCUGCGGGACAUCCUCGUGGAGGAGCAGAAGUUACGAGAGGCUUCCCUCCAAGACUCAAACACUGCAACGCAUAAAGCCCGCUACAGGAGGGAGCACGCCCAGAGGAGCGCUCCGUCCCUCCCCCUGGUGGAGAACCUGCUGAAAGACAACACGGACGGCUGUGCCCUCACCGCCCUGCUGCACUUCUACUGCCCGCAGGCCGUCAGGCUGGAGGACAUCUGUCUCAAGGAAACCAUGUCCCUGGCUGACAGUCUGUACAACCUCCAGCUGGUGCAGGACUUCUGCAGAAACAAUCUCAACCACUGCUGCCACUUCAGCCUGGAGGACUUGCUUUACGCGCACGCCUCGAUAAAGAGUAACUAUCUGGUGUUUAUGGCUGAGCUUUUCUGGUGGUUUGAAGUGGUUAAACCGUCAUUCGUACAGCCCAGAGUCUUCGAUCCAGACGCAGCCUGUGAGCCGGUAUCAUCCUGCAGAGAAAUGCCCCCCGUGGCCAGUCCUGUCAAACAAAGCUAUGCAGACAAACCCUCCAGUCCGGAAAACGUCUUUGCAGAAGGUGGUAUAAAGAGAUCUACCUCCAUGUCCUAUGUUGAUGGCUGUGUUGGGACAUGGCCCAAAGAAAAACACCCUUCCUCUGGUGGAAUCUCCUUUGAGAUUCCCCUGGACGGAGACCCGACGUUGCCUCCCUGUGAGGCUCCUCCACUCCGUGGCAUGACUCGCUCAGCCAGCAGUGACGGUCUGGGGUUCAAAGUUCACUAUGCAUCUCGAGGAGCCAUAAAACGCAACCCCUCCCUCACACCGGUCAGUGUGAACGGUCAGAACCGACACAUACCGGAGGAGGAGGAGGACUUCACUUCCCAAAAGCCAUUAGGACGGAACAACACCUUUUCAUUGAAGAACCAAAGCAGGUAUUCCAACGGAGUCCUACCUGACAGCAGCAGCCCCAGUACAAACCCUAGCAACCAAACGGGUCACAUAAGCCCUUCGACGCCCCCGAGCAUCGAGGAGGCCCUCAAGAUUAUCCACGACUCAGAGCGGCCCCAUGCCAGCCUGGGAGUCGGAGACGGGGACAGCAGCUUCUUCCUCCACGGCGCCGAGCCUCCGGAACCCCCGAGGGCCCCGGGUCCAGGACACGACCCGGGUCCAGGAGACGACCCGGGUCCAGCCAAGGCGCGGCCGAAUGACCGCGAGCCCAACUCUGCGUCCACCGACGAAGUGGACACGGGCAUCCACGUGCGGACGGAGGACAUUCAGAGUCUGGAUGAGGACUCCUCGUCCCUGAAGGACUACUCGGACAUAGACCCGGACUGCGAGGCCACGACCCGCUCGUGCCCCCUGCCCGCCAGGCCCGAGAAGGAGAAGGGGGGGGAGGGAGAACAGAAGGGGGGUGGCGAAGCCCCUCUGGAGGAGGAGAGGGGCGACGGAGGGGAGCGCGGCAGUCCCUGCCCCAGCUCGGCGCCCACCAUUCCCAGAUCCCACACGGUCAGCCCCGUCUCGUCCUCGGGGGGCUCUGCGGGCGGCCUGGUGCGGAUGACCAGCUUCGCCGAGCAGAAGUUCAGGAAGCUGGAGGGAAGAAGCAGCGGGGGAACCACUCCAGACAGCUCUGAUCUGAACGUGCCGUAUACCCACCCGGCCAGAACCCCCUCUUCUCAGUUCUCAACACCUCCCCUGCCCAUCACCUCGCCCUCUCCGGUGACGCCUUCUCCCAGAGACCCCUCCCACAUCAUCGCAACAGAGAUGAUUCAGCUGAGGAUGAAGCUCGAAGAGAAACGCAGAGCCAUUGAAGCCCAAAAGAAAAAGGUGGAGGCGGCUUUCACCCGGCAUCGUCAGAAAAUGGGCAGGACGGCCUUUCUGAAUAUAGUGAAAAGGAAAGGCGUGACAACCCCCCCAAACUCAGGAGGAGCAGAAACGCCUUCACCGGAGCCAGUCACCUCAAAGGGGGGCAGCCUGGGCAGUGUGGCGCAGACAGAGCGGUGCAAACCGGACGGAGCGGCUCCCAAAUCCCCCUGUGAAGACGGUGGCGCUGUGACCCCAGGAGAAGUGGACCUUGUGGAGUACACGCGCUCCAUCGAGAGGCUGAACACGUCACUGGGCUUCCUGCAGACAGAGAUGCAGCGUUUGUCCCAGCAGCAGGAGAAGAUCAUGGCCAUGAGAGAGCAGCAGCAGCAGCAGGCCUGGGUCAUACCCGCUCCCGCUCCCUCCCCGCACAGGCAGCUCCGUGAGCUGCGCAGCAGCAGCGUGACCGGCCGGGGAUCGGGCCGGGGCUCAGUGGGGUCCCUGUCCCCCAUCCUGUCUUCCUCCGGCUCCCCCCGCGCCCCGAACCGUUCCCCUGCCGGCAUCAAGCGGAGACCGGCUUCCUUCCACGCCAGAACAACCCGGACUCCGCGUCCAAACGACUUAAAGGUCACCCCCUUCAGCCGGAUGCUCAACACCCCCACCUCGGUGGACAGCAUACCCCGACUGAGGCGCUUCAACUCCAGCCAAACACAGCUCUGCUCUUUCCCAUACCUGGGGCACAACGAGAACCCCGGGGAAAAAAAGAGCCAAGACACCGAUGAUCACAAAGACAACCCCAAGAACAAAGAGGGGACGGCCGUUGGGGGAAGCGGCGAGGAAGCAGCGGAAGAGAAGGAAGAGCAGCGGCAGCAGGGGAGGGCCGGGCCGAGGAGAGAGCUCCAAGAGCCGUGGUUCACCGAGAUUCUGCGUCAGCCCGUGUCGGAGAAACAGGGGGCCGCAGCCAGCCGGGUUCAGGCGGAGCCCCAGGACAGGAAGGACCUGGUGGAGGUGCCUCUGUCCGAGCUGAAGCCUCCAGACGGCCAACGCCAGAAAACGCAAGGAGACGCAGGAGGAGAGAAUUAUGGAGAAGACCAAAAGAUGUGCUGUGGCUUCUUCUUCAAGGAUGACGUAAAAGGUGAAGAGGACAUGGCGGCAAAGAAAGCAGCUCUGCUGGAGAAAAGACUUCAGAGGGAAAAGGAGGCUCAGGAGAGGAAGCAGCAGCAGGAGCUGGACCAGGAGCAAAAGAGGGAAGCUGCUCGGUUAAAAGCCGAGGAGGAGCAGCUGAAGAAGGACGACGAGAAAGCGAGGAGGGACUACAUCAAGAACGAAUACAUGAGGAGAAAGCAGCUCAAGCUGAUGGAGGACAUGGACGAGGUCAUCAAGCCUCGAUCCGGAAGCCUGAAGAAGAAGCCACGGCCCAAGUCCAUCCACAGGGACGUCAUGGAGUCCGCCACCCCCCCUGUGAGAGCUACAGGGGUGCGUCCUCGAGGCUUCUCCGUGUCCAGUGUCUCCUUGGCCUCCCUCAAUCUGGCUGACAACGACAGAGACCAGCCGGACAACCGGAAGAAUAACAGGCCCGAUUCUGCCGGGGGGUUUUCCUCUUGUCCUUCGGCCGGUAGUCGGAAUGGAGAGAAGGAUUGGGAAAACGAGUCGACCACCUCCUCCAACCCCUCCAACAACGAGUACACAGGACCCAAGCUAUAUAAGGAGCCUAGUGCCAAGUCCAACAAGCAUAUCAUCCAGAACGCCCUGGCUCACUGCUGCCUGGCCGGAAAAGUCAACGAGGGGCAGAAAAACAAGAUACUUGAUGAAAUGGAGAAAUCAGAAGCCAAUAACUUCCUGGUGUUGUUCCGGGAUUCGGGAUGCCAGUUCAGGUCCGUCUACACCUACUGCCCCGAGACGGAGGAGAUCGCCAGGCUGGCUGGCAUCGGGCCCAAAACCAUCACCACCAAGAUGAUCGAGUCGCUCUACAAGUAUAACUCCGACAGAAAGCAGUUCAGCAAGAUCCCGGCCAAAACCAUGUCCGCUAGCGUGGACGCCAUCACCAUCGCCAGCCAUCUGUGGCAGACCAAGAAGCAAGGGACGCCCAAGAAACACCCAAAGUAACUCCAGAUGCUGGGCCAACAUCUGCACACGCUCCGCUUGGGACAGAGGACAGAGGAGCUGGUGGCUCGUGCUUUUAAUUCGAGGAACACGCGCUCUCACUGUGGAUCGCAACUGGGAUGUGACACUGCGGUGCGGCAGGAGUGUGUCAUUGUACGCAUGUGUUUCGAUGUUCUCAUGUGCCAAAUAUAGAAAAAAAAAACAGAAGAUAAUAACAGGCGAACCAAUGCCUUACCUAGUUGAACCACUGAAGCACUGAAUGUCACGCCUCUCCGAGGCAGUUUGGUUUCUCCAAGUCGAUCAUGUGUGGCCUUAUGCUUGUUUUGUGUCCUACAGACGCGCCAUGAGUGUUCGUGUCAUUUUGUCCGGUUAAGAAAAAGAGGAUCUCUCUUGUUUUGUGCACACGCAGGUUCGGGGGCCAGAUUACGCCCCUCCACAGUCACUGAAUGGUGGCCCGUCUGUGAUGAGAAGCAGCAUUUGCGAUGAGAGUUUUGCUUUUGUGCUUUCUAUCUUGCUUUUAAAUUUUGUAACUGGCGAGCUUGUAAACGAGUCCAAUUUGUGUAUGUGUACAGUUAAGUGCCAAGCAGAGAGUGGGGCAUACCUCAGCUGGUGAUUGCAGUUAUAUUGUUGCCAUUUUUGGAGUCCCGUCAAAUGAUUCUGAGAAGCACCUGGGGUGGACUCCUAAUUUAUUUCAUUUUGAUAAUGCUUUGAAGAUAUUUUAAAAAGCGUCUGUCACGUCAUUCAGAGAACUGUAACACAGUACGUAUAUAAGUUGAAUUAGUUUGUAUAUAAUAGCAGUUCCAUUCAAAAUGAACAAGUCAGCUUGUAGUAGCGUUUCAGUAGCUUUUAUAAUUUAUCAUGUAUGUGUACAAGUAUGUUUUUUGGGGCCUUUUAUUAUGCUACCGAUGCAAAGAGUGUGAUCUGUCAGCAGUAUCAGAGAUAACACUUUAAUGAGACGUAGAAUAGAUGGAAAUCCUUCACUGUGUCAUCAGUUUGUGCAAUUUAAGUCAUCUUAAUAGUCACCAUUGACCAUGCUGCUGAUAGAAUAUUCAAAAUGUCACUUAAAUGUGGUUACUGCCAUAACUAUUGGAUCCAGAUCUCUCUCAAACUCGUCCACAAUUGUAAAUAAAAUGAUUAAUUCACUAGGAUAGCAUUUCAGGUCCCCUUUCACAUUGUCAUCCUUUUUACUUUACUUUGACCCUACUGUUGUGUUUUUUUUUAAUCGUGCGUUGUCUCAGUGUGCGUUGACACUGUACAGAUAUAUUUUUGGCAUAUAAAAAUAUUUUUUGUAAUGACAUUUACCAGUUGGAAGAGUGUACUUAAGAAGCACUACACUUGUUUGAGGAUGUGUGUUGACUGCAAAGUAUGUUCGAGCUAUUUAAAGUCUUCUUGAGGCUUUACUGUUGUGACGUUGUAUGAGAUCAAGUAAGGAUACUGAGAUUAUUUCUCCCAAUUCCUUUUUUUUUUAUUAACAAUGUAUGCUGAGUUGUUCAUGGACUUUUGUUGCGACUUUAUUUGUUUAAGCUUAUUAAAAUUUCAACUAUCAACAACACUCUAGA